AGUCUUUUCUUCAUUUAUCCCUUAGGCCAAUCGCUUAUAAUCUGUUUUAACAACCUUAAAGUCAACAUAUUCACUAUUUCACUAUUUUUCCUAACAUCCGUUUUGAUAUACCAACAUAUGUAAUGACAUAUUGCUUGUGAAACCCUCAACAGCAAAACUAGGACUUGUUCCAAGAACCAUCUCAAAGGCAGAUAUUUACUUCACGGUGCAGAUGAAAACAAAUGCAUCUCGCAAAACACUCGACUUAGCCGAGGCUAUACAUUUAGUCCCUCUAGCACCACCAAGGUCUUAUCGCUCAACGGGCUUUUUGUUUUCCGUCUCACUAAAUGAAUAUUUGGCCUUACUAUUGUGAUGGGCUUUUUGAUCAUCUUCAUCUCCUUGAUUUUUCAGCUCUACCUGUGUAUUUAGGCUACUCUUUUUCCCUCUCAGACAGUCUAUAAGACUUCAUUGCUUCACGUUAUAGACCGCUAAUAUGUCUUGCGCUUAAGAUCUUUACCAAAGGCACGAAUUAUCUUACAACCCUGGAGUUCUUUUGUGUAUUGCCACAACUAGAAGAGAUCAGGGGAGGGUGAUCCUUUCAGUAUGGAUUACAUCAGAAUGCUAUGCGAGUGGCAUUGAUUGCGUUUGGGUAUACGACUUGCUCAUGUACUUUCAAUUCCUCAUUGCUUCCAUAGCUAGUAAUGCAAUAGUCAUUCCAGGUGUAUUCAUAUGUGAAAUUCCACAAGAAAGUACGUUUGAUUCACAUAAUAUGCAUUUCCGAACCACGGAUCUCGACUUGUGGAUGGGGUGCCCCCUCUUUUUCCUGUUCAGUAAACAACACUAACAACUUUCUUAUAGGGGUGAGCUCUUUUUCCUAGGUACCUAAAUAUGCUAGGAGCGCGAGUCUAUUUUUCCAAAGUGAAUAUCAUUUUUUGUUAAGGAUAACAAGACACAUUUGACGUAGCGUUUUGCUACCUUCCUUUUCCCCUCCUGCUGUCUUUCUUCUGUGAAACCAAGCUUGCUUAUUAUUGGUUGCUUUCUCCUCGUUUCCGUGACCAUGUUUGAUUACAUGUACGACAGCACCUACUCAGCAUUUCAGAUUGAAGAUUUCAAGCAUUUCGUGCGAUUUCGCAUCGACGCGGAGACGCGCGAGCUGCAUGGGUACGUUUUAGCGAAGAAGAAGGUCCCCAAGGUCUGGGAGUUGGACCCCCGACACGUCGAUCAGUUUGACGACCCUAAAACGAAGCACACCGUACCACAUUUGUGGAGUCCCACUACCAGGACGGGAAUAUUUCUCGUUCCUGGUGAAGACAGUUGUGGAGUGGUGCUUAAAGCGCAAAUUUUUUUCUAUAUCGCAGAUUGUGGCAGUGAGAGCAGGAUGCCAAGAUACUAG